CCGCAAUAGCAAUAGCGAAAGCAGCAGCAGCAACAGCGCGCGCCGGCGAAGUCCGCGCGCGGGACCCUUCGGAACGUCGGCAGGCGUCGCGCGCCUCAGGACCCUGUAGGAAACACGUUCUCUUGUGCUUUUGAAGGGCUGGAAAUUCCCUUGUCCUAGGCCCAUCCAGUGGUUAUCUUCUCUUGUCAGGACUUUUGAAAAAAUCACCUCGAACCUGUGGAGUAAUUGGGCAUCCUACGCUUUCUCCCCCCCCCCCCCCAUGUUCUUGCACUGGGACACUGUGACAUUUCUCUCUUUUGGUUUGUGAUAAGAAGCCAGAACCACAAGGAAAGCAAGUGGAUUAUGAUCUUACUUUUAGCAGGAAUCCUCUAGCCUUUUUGCGCACCUUUCAGAUCUUUGCACUUGGAUUUUCCCAGGUGGGAAGAAAUUACCUCUAUGCAUUUUAUUGUGCCAAAAAAAGAAAACCCCGCCUAAAAGAAAUUUUGACCAGGAUCUUAUAGGCGCAUGUAAUGCCAGAAGUGUGUGGUGCAGUCCUUUGGCAGACAAAGAUUACAAGCAAAGCCACCUUGCUUUUGGAUCUGCAGGUUGUCUCCGGAAACAGAAAACUGCCAUAUUUGCCUGAUAAAUGGAAGGCUUUGAAUGAUUCAUCCAUGAAAUACUAGUCUGUGAAAUCAUGGGAUAUCAUCCUUGCACCAUCUUUGGCCAUGCUUGCGGAAUAUGCACCUGAUAAUAAUUAAUAUCUAGAGAAAACAUUGUGUCAGUUUGUGGAUUAGUGCUAGACAUGAAUCUUUCUCUUGAGGGCAGCUUUGGUAACACAGUUGGCGACUGUUGCCCUUCUUCCUUUCACCUGCUUAGCACUCCAGUGAACUCUUGGGUAAACUAAUCACGGAAGUAAUUUUUCCCCUUCCAUUCCUGCUGCCAAGAUGGCUUCUGUCCGAUUCAUGGUAACCCCCACCAAAAUUGAUGAUAUCCCGGGCCUGUCUGACACCAGCCCAGACCUCAGCUCACGCUCCAGCUCCCGUGUUCGCUUCAGUUCCAGAGAAAGCGUGCCUGAAACAAGCCGCAGUGAGGCCGCCAGCGACUUUUCCAGAGUGACCACUUCACUGGCCACUGAGGCAGUCGAGCCAGCCCUUGACAAGACCACCAAUCCCUGUGCUGAUGUGGCUGAAGAUGUGAGUCAAACUUCCAUCACAGGGGAACAGUAUCAGCUCUUAGAUCCAGGGCACAAGAAGGAUCCCCAUGCCUAUCUCAACAAUAUCAACUAUGAAGAUGGUGACGAAUUCUUCGACAAGAAUUUGGCACUCUUUGAGGAGGAGAUGGACACCCGGCCCAAAGUGUCCUCUUUGCUCAACCGCAUGGCCAACUACACCAACUUGAUGCAGGGCGCCCGGGAACAUGAGGAGGCUGAGAAUGUCCCUCCAGGCAAGAAGAAAACUACCAAGACUCCACAGAUGGGCACAUUCAUGGGAGUGUACCUGCCCUGCCUGCAGAACAUCUUUGGGGUGAUUCUUUUCUUGCGACUCACCUGGGUGGUUGGCACGGCCGGUGUGCUGCAAGCCUUUGCCAUCGUCCUCAUCUGCUGCUGCUGCACACUGCUAACAGCCAUCUCUAUGAGUGCCAUUGCCACCAAUGGAGUUGUGCCUGCUGGAGGGUCAUAUUUCAUGAUCUCACGAGCAUUGGGGCCCGAGUUCGGAGGAGCCGUGGGACUCUGCUUCUACCUGGGCACCACCUUUGCUGCUGCAAUGUAUAUCCUGGGAGCCAUUGAGAUCUUCCUGAUGUACAUUGCCCCCGAGGCAGCCAUCUUCUAUAGCGAGGAUCCGCUGAAAGAGUCAGCCGCCAUGUUGAACAACAUGCGGGUGUAUGGCUCCGCCUUCCUGGUGCUCAUGGUGCUGGUCGUGUUUGUGGGCGUGCGCUACGUGAACAAGUUUGCCUCGCUCUUCCUUGCCUGCGUCAUCGUCUCCAUCCUGGCUAUCUAUGCCGGUGCCAUCAAGUCCUCCUUCGCACCCCCCGAUUUCCCCGUGUGCAUGUUGGGGAACCGCUCCCUCUCCCAGCACCACAUUGACAAGUGUGCCAAGACUGAGGAGCGGGACAACCUCACGGUGCCCACUCGCCUCUGGGAGUACUUCUGCAACAACAGCAAGCACCUCAAUGCCUCUUGUGAUGACUAUUUCCAGCACAACAAUGUCACUGUUAUCCAGGGCAUCCCAGGGCUGGCCAGUGGCAUUAUCGCUGAAAACCUUUGGAGCAGUUACUUGAUGAAGGGCGAGAUCAUUGAGAAGCCAUCACUGCACUCCGCUGAUGUGGGGGGAGCCCUGAACCCGCAUUAUGUGCUGGCCGACAUCACCACUUCCUUCACCCUCCUUGUGGGCAUCUUUUUCCCCUCUGUCACUGGGAUCAUGGCUGGUUCAAAUCGUUCUGGGGACCUGAAGGAUGCCCAGAAAUCUAUCCCAAUUGGUACAAUCCUGGCCAUUCUCACCACCUCCUUUGUGUAUCUUAGCAACGUGGUGCUCUUUGGGGCUUGUGUGGAAGGUGUUGUACUGAAAGACAAGUUUGGCGACACAGUGAAGGGGAAUCUGGUGGUGGGGACACUGUCCUGGCCCUCUCCCUGGGUCAUCGUCAUUGGGUCAUUCUUCUCCACAUGCGGAGCCGGGCUGCAGAGUCUCACUGGUGCACCUCGACUCCUCCAGGCCAUAGCGAAGGAUAACAUUAUACCCUUCUUGCGGGUAUUUGGCCACGGCAAAGCCAACGGGGAGCCCACCUGGGCCCUGCUCCUUACAGCAGGAAUUGCGGAACUGGGGAUCCUUAUCGCCUCUUUGGACUUGGUAGCCCCCAUUCUUUCCAUGUUCUUCCUGAUGUGUUACCUCUUUGUCAACCUAGCCUGCGCCUUACAAACCUUACUGCGCUCUCCCAACUGGAGACCCCGCUUCCGGUACUACCACUGGGCGCUCUCCUUCAUGGGCAUGAGUAUCUGUGUGGCACUCAUGUUCAUCUCCUCGUGGUAUUAUGCCAUUGUUGCCAUGGUGAUAGCCGGAAUGAUCUACAAAUAUAUUGAGUACCAUGGGGCCGAGAAGGAAUGGGGAGAUGGCAUCCGGGGCCUGUCCCUGAGCGCAGCCCGUUUCGCCUUGCUGCGACUUGAAGAGGGGCCACCCCACACCAAGAACUGGAGGCCACAACUGUUGGUGUUGCUAAAGCUGGAUGAAGACCUGCAUGUGAAGCAUCCACGCCUGCUCACCUUUGCCUCCCAGCUGAAAGCCGGCAAAGGCCUCACCAUUGUAGGCUCUGUCAUGGUGGGCAACUUCUUGGAGAGCUACUCUGAGGCACUGGCUGCUGAGCAGACCAUCAAGCACCUGAUGGAGGCAGAGAGGGUGAAAGGCUUCUGCCAGAUCGUGGUGGCUGCCAAGGUGCGCGAGGGCAUCUCCCACCUCAUUCAGUCCUGUGGGCUGGGCGGCAUGAAGCACAACACUGUGGUGAUGGGCUGGCCCAAUGCCUGGCGUCAGAGCGAGGAUGCCCGUGCUUGGAAGACCUUCAUCGGCACUGUCCGUGUGACUACGGCCGCCCGCCUGGCCUUGCUUGUGGCAAAGAACGUGGCCUUCUUCCCCGGAAAUGCAGAGCCCUUCUCUGAGGGGAACAUUGACGUCUGGUGGAUUGUGCAUGAUGGUGGCAUGCUGAUGCUGCUCCCCUUCCUGCUCAAGCAACACAAGGUCUGGCGCAAGUGCAAAAUCCGCAUCUUCACAGUAGCCCAGCUGGAGGACAACAGCAUUCAGAUGAAGAAGGAUCUGGCAACCUUCCUCUAUCACCUCCGCAUUGAGGCAGAGGUGGAAGUGGUCGAAAUGCAUGACAGUGACAUCUCCGCCUACACCUAUGAGAGAACUCUAAUGAUGGAGCAGCGCUCUCAGAUGUUGCGGCAAAUGCGUCUCUCCAAGACAGAACGGGACCGGGAGGUGACGUGGGCUAGGCCAGGCGGGAGGGGAGAGGUUAAAAGAUCAGCAGUUUUGGGUUUCUCCUUCACUGUUCCACCUGGGCUUGGUUCCUCACAGGCUCAGCUUGUGAAAGACAGGAACUCUAUGCUACGUCUGACCAGCAUUGGUUCAGAUGACGACGAAGAGACUGAAACAUACCAGGAGAAGGUGCACAUGACAUGGACCAAGGACAAGUACAUGGCAUCCCGUGGGCACAAAUGCAAGACCCUGGAGGGGUUCCAGGAUCUGCUCAAUAUACGGCCGGACCAGUCCAACGUGCGUCGCAUGCACACGGCUGUCAAGCUUAAUGAAGUCAUUGUCAACAAGUCCCAUGAGGCCAAGCUGGUGCUGCUCAACAUGCCAGGCCCUCCUCGAAAUCCUGAAGGUGACGAAAACUAUAUGGAGUUCCUAGAGGUCCUGACAGAGGGGCUGGAGCGCGUGCUGCUUGUGCGGGGUGGUGGCAGUGAGGUCAUCACCAUCUACUCCUAGUGGGGAGGUAGGAGGGCUUCCCCCGAAGGACUCUGUUCUGUCAAAUCAGCCUUUGCUUCCUGCCUGUUACCACCUGCCACUUGAUCUCCUGAGGAGAGCAGCUAUCAGUUCCAAGCCUCCUUCGCUUUCUUUUCCCUCUGGCAAGUCUGGUUCCACGGUUAAGGUGGUUUCCCCCACUGGGAGGAUGGAGGGCCCACACUUUCCUUGCCACCUUCCAUAACGUUAGAGGCACAUGCUAGAAGCGGCAUAAGCUUGCCACAAGAGGGAACCAGACUGGAGUGUGGGUGGGAGAUGGCUUUGUCUUCCCCGAUUGGUAUAGGAACAGUGAGGCAACUAGUAGCUUUGGAGGGGGUCAGAAGGAGCAAACAAAGCAAAAACCCAGGGCUGCUUCCACCUUAGUGUUGCUGCUGCCACCAACACCUUCUGCUGGCCAUUACAUCAGUGGACCGACAGGGUCCAUCAGUUGGGAUUUGGCAGGCUUGGAGAAGCUGGAGAGACUGUUACAUGUCACUGGUGUAUCCAGAAGAUCGAGGAGAGCAAGGGGAUGCUGCUGAGAGGUGCGGAGGGAGGGAGACGCAACCUCCGUCGUGCCGUUUCCUUCGGGUCGUUGCCAAAGUCUUUCUGCUGAGCCUUCCAGCAAAAUCACAACGAGGACUAUUUAGAAAGAUGGACCUUGGUUUUUAUAAUAAGUAUCUUCACUCUUAUUCCUUUCUGAAAUUCUGAGAUCCAAAUGGAUUGUUUGCGAAAAGGGGGUGAGGGGCAGAGAAAUGGUGGACUCUUGGGCCAGUACUGUGUGAUCGUGGCUGCUGCACAGUGACUACCUUUCCUGUUCCUUUCUCCACUGGCCUGCGUGCUCCCAUUUGGGCAAGGAAGCCAGGAAGCCCAGUUUUUCCCAGUCUUUAUAGGUCUUCUGUAGAACUAGUUGAUUUAGCGUUACAGGUGGGGAGGAGGAGAGGAAAGCACCUCUUUUCCUAAAUGGUUGAGCAGGAACCAGAAGAACAGCAUCCUCUGACUUCCGUAACUGUGCUCUCAAAUGGCUGCUGCUCUCACACUUCCACCCUGCGCAAGAGGGAAACUUAAUAUGCCAACAGCAAGAUCACCUCCUUUCCAGGAUAGGCUUCUCAGUAGUGAGGACCCCACAGCUUCCAGUUUUUAUAAGUGUUGGGAAAUGAGUUCUCCUUCCCCCACACAGGCACAAGCCUGGGGAAAGGUGCUGUGUCUGUUGUGUCCUAUUCAAUUUCAAUAAUGGAUGUCUAAAUCUCCUGCUGCUCACACCCCUUCCUCAACAACAUGGUACAAGGAACACUCCUGUGGGGUACCCUUAAAGCAGACUCAUCUCUAGCCUCUCCGCCCGUUUUGUUUUUAAAGGGAAUUUCACAAGACGUUUCUCAUCUCUCUAUUUUGGGGGAGGCCUUUUAAUUUAUUGGGGUGUGACCUUGUUUACAUAGCAUCAAGUUUUGGAGUAUGAUUUUUUUGCUUCCUCAAUUAUGUGAAGAAUAAACAUUUUAUAUAUAAUA